GUGCUACUUAUCUAAUGUAGUUUUACUUCGGUACUCGAAUAGUAUUGACUUUAAUAUGCAUUCAAUUUUUCUAUUUAUUUUAAUUUUUACUAUUUGUUUUGAUGUAUUAAAUGCCAAAGUAAUUAGCAAUCAUAAUGUAAGUGAUACUUGCAAUUUGGAUAAUAAAUUAAUUGAAGAAAUAGCAUCGUAUAAAAAUGUGACUGAAUUUAUUAUGAAUGAGAUUAUAUCUAAAGGUUUAGGACAAGAAAUGUACAAAGAGUACACGGAUUUUAUUGACAAGUUUGGAGCGCGGGUGUCAGGAUCUGAGAACUUGGAGAAGUCUAUAGACUACAUGAUCAACCUCACCAUCUCACACGGCCUGACAGAUGUAACCACUGAAGAAGUAGACGUUCCACACUAUGUUCGUGGCCAUGAAUCUCUUCAAAUGAUAAGUCCCCGUAAAAAGAAUAUGGCACUGAUUGGCCUUGGCGCCAGUGUCGCAACUCCACCUGAAGGUAUAACAGCAGACGUCAUUGUUAUCAAGAGCUUUCAAGAUCUAGACCAAACUCAAGAAGCGAAAAUAAAAGGAAAAAUUGUACUCUUCGAUGCUCAUUACGUAACUUAUGGAAAGACUGUAAUUUAUAGAACACAAGGAGCAUCACGAGCAGCAAAGAAAGGAGCCGUUGCGUCAUUGGUUAGAAGUGUGACGCCAUUUUCAAUAUACUCUACGCAUACUGGAGCUCAAUUUUAUGAUGAUAACGUCACCAAAAUCCCCACUGCUGCCAUAACCUUAGAAGAUGCUGAUUUAAUGCGUAGAAUGCAAGAGCGAGGGGAAAAAAUUACUGUUACCUUGAAAAUGUCAAGCACUUUUGAUAUGAAGAAAUCGAGAAAUACUAUAAUUGACAUAAAAGGAAAAGAAAAUCCCAAUAAAGUAGUGAUAGUGUCCGGUCAUAUCGAUAGCUGGGAUGUGGGACAGGGUGCAAUGGACGAUGGUGGUGGGAUGAUAAUAAGCUGGUUUGCACCAGUAUUUUUAAAUAUAUAUAAUUUAAAGCCAAGACGUACUCUCCGAGCAAUUUUAUGGACUGCUGAAGAACCUGGCUUAAUAGGAGCAGCUGCAUAUUUACGACGUCAUUUAUCUCAAUUGUCAGAUAUUAAUUUUGUAAUGGAAUCAGACGAGGGAACUUUCAAGCCACGGGGUCUCGAUGUAGCUGGAUCCAAAACCACUCGCUGCAUCAUAGCAGAAAUAUUGAAAUUAUUUACUCCGGUAGAUGAAAUGACAAAUAGCGGAGGUCCCGGGUCGGACAUCACUAUGAUUAUAAAUAAGGGUGUUCCUGGUGCGUCGUUAUUGAAUAAGAAUGAGCGAUAUUUUUGGUAUCAUCACAGUGAAGGGGACACACUGAAUGUGCAAAAUAAAAAUGAGGUUAUAAAUUGUGCUGCGUUUUGGACAGCAGUGUCUUACGUUAUUGCCGAUAUUUCGAAAGAUCUACCGCGUUCAUAGUUUUUUUUAGUUUUUAUAAACGUAUAUCUAGUCUUUUAUGUAACGAACAAGUUCCGAACGGCCUAAAUGAAUAAUUUUAAAAAUAAUGUACAUAUUAUAAAAUAAAAAUACAGUCGUUGAAGCUUUUAAAGAAAAUAUAAGUUAACCCAU